AUGACGGAAACCAUGGAGAGUGUCGUAAUCGAGAAGCUCGAGAAUCUUGAUUUGAAUAAGGAUGAGAUUUUGAAAAGAGCUGAACAAAUUGAUAAGGAUAUCAAGGAUGGGAAGUAUUCAAUAAUUCCACCUCUGUCGGAUGAAGAACAAAAGCUGUUGGAUGAGGAGAUCGCAAAACGUGCUCCACCACCAGAAGGCGUUCCAGAAGCUGUUGAUUUUCCACUUCAUGAUUUGGUUCGUGAAUUGGAAUUGGAUAAACCUGUUGAGGGAACUGAUCCAGAAUUCUACGAAGAAUUGAAGAGAAAGGAUGCGAAGACGGUUUACAAGAAUAUGAAAGAGGUUGGAUUUCAGGUUUUAGCUGAGUCUGAUCUUGAAAAAUUGAAGAUUCCUGACUCAAUCGCUCGUAAAUAUCUUCCUGACUUGGCUCGUCGAUUCGUGGAAUUCGAAAGACGUGUCAAACGAAUGGAACGAAUGCUUUGGGCUCUUCCAAGAGAAGAUCGAAGUCUUGAAGAAGAUCGAUUCGAGAUUCUCACUGAAUUACUGGAUAAAAGUUGUCAAGGAAUGGAGAUUUGGGAGGAGCAUUGCGAGCGAAAAAUUCCAUUGGGUCAUCGUUGUGUUCUGGAAGGAGAACUCAUUCAUCUCAUCACUUCGAAAUUCGAUUUGAUUGAGAAAAUUUGUGGAGAAUUUCACAAAUUGAAGGGGAUGAAAUCUGAAGUUGAUGAUGAACGUGAUAUGCUUCGCUACGAAAUCCGCCAUUGUGAUAUGAUCUUCACGGAGAUUCACGAGAAGUUUUUGAAAUCUUACUUGGAUAUGGACUGGUGA